AUGAAAGAAGUAGAUAAUCUCGAAAGUAUAAAAGAAGAAUGGGUUUGUGAAACAGGAUCUGACAACCAACCUCUUAAUGAUGAUCAACAAAGAAAUUGUGAAUAUUUUGUUGACAGCCUUUUUGAGGAAGCUGAGAAGGUUGGUGCCAAAUGCAUGUCUCCCACUGAACAGAAAAAACAGGUCGAUGUAAGUAUAAAAUUAUGGAAAAAUGGAUUCACAGUCAAUGAUAAUUUCAGAAGUUACUCUGAUGGAAGCUUUACCACUUUGUUUCUUUACCUUCCAAGGGAAUUACCUUUGGAAUUACAGGGAAUUUUUGAUAAAGAGGAGGUGGAUGUUAAAGUUGAAGACAAAAAAAAUGAAGUAUGUAUGUCAACGAAGCCUGUGUUCCAGCCCUUCUCAGGACAGGGUCACAGACUAGGAAGUGCCACACCAAAAAUUGUUUCUAAGGCAAAGAGUACUGAAGUUGAGAAUAAAAAUAAUUUGUCUGUUCAACUAAACAAUCUGGAACCCAUCACUAAUGUACAGAUCUGGUUAGCCAAUGGAAAAAGGAUUGUCCAGAAAUUUAAUAUUUCUCAUAGGAUAAGCCACAUCAAAGACUUCAUCGAAAAAUACCAAGGAUCUCAAAGAAGUCCUCCCUUUUCCCUGGCCACAGCUCUUCCUUUCCUCAAAUUGCUAGAUGAAACACUCACAUUGGAAGAAGCAGAUUUACAGAAUGCUGUAGUCAUUCAGAGACUCCAAAAAACCACUGAACCUUUUAGAGAACUUUCAUAACAUUGAUUUUUGAUACACUAAGUGGAAAGUUUGAAGAGAAAUGAUGGUUGUAAAUGAACAUGCAAACCAAAAUGAGGGAAAGGAAGUCAGAUU